AUGGAAGCGCCCAAGGUCGAGCAGGCCUCUCCUGAGGUGGCAAAGGAACUGGGGGAGGAAGACGAUGCUGUGACGGCCUACGUGGCCCGAUUCGCGGGCCUUCCAUCUCGCGUUCGCAUUCUGCCUGCCGAUGGUUCCCUCCGCCCCCUCCUCGCCCUCGCCGGCUACCCAGGUGAAGAAGAUGAAGAGGAAGACAAGAAGAAGCAGGCAACCGAGCAGCAGCAGAAUCAAAACGAAGAUGGAGAAGAGGAAGCAUCUGGCGGCAGCGACGUCGUGAAUCCAAAGAAGCAAUGCGUGCUCGAGGGCGUAGUGGUCGGGCUCGACUUCGACCAGACCCUCGUCGUGGGGGCGGGCCUGGGCGCCGGCACUGCAGGCGGCGGGGUCCGCGUGCGCGGGGGCGACGACACCGUCACCACCCUGCAGACCCUGUGGGCCGCCGGCGCCCGCCUGGCCGUCGUCACCGCCGCCGCCGCCUCCCCCGACAACGCGCGCCUCAUCGCCAACCUCCUCCGGCGCCUCGCCCUCGCCCGCGAGUUCGCCUCCGCCGCCCUCGACACCGCGCCCCUCCUCACCCUCCUCCGCUCCCUCGCCCCUCCCGCCGCCGCCGCCGCCACAGCCGCCGACGCUGCCUCGACCGCCGAUGCGGCGACGACGGAGGAGACGACGACGACGAGGCCGGCGACGGCGGACUGCGAGCAAACGGAGAAGGAAGAGGAGGAGGUGAAGGAGGAGGAGAGGGAGAAGAGGGAGGAGAGGAGGAGGAGGCUGGAGCGGGAGACGAAGCGAACGGUGGCGCUGCUGGCGCUGUCCACGGGGCGACGGCCGGGCGACCUGGUUCGGAUCGGGCACUCGACCAUCGCAUUCGACGCCGCCCGCUCGAAGGCCACGUACCGUCUGGCGCAGAUCACGGGUCCCAACGCCGGCGGCUGGUCGGCACUGCAGAGCCUCGCCGCCCACGAGGAGCGUGAGCUGUGUGCGGUCGACUGUCUGGCGGCCUACAUGGACCUCACCGCCUCGCGUCGCACGCGCGAGGGCGCCAACAUACCCGAUCGCCUCCUCCUUUCUCUGGACGAGGAGGAGAACGGGGUGCUCGACGAGAACGCCGUGUCGAAGCUGCUCGAGGAGGUCCUCGUGGAGGCCGGCAUCAACCCGCAGUCGCCCGAAGCACGCGAGCUCUUCCAGGAUUCGGCAGAGUUGGUCACUCUGGACGGAGGGGUCAAGAUAGCGCGCUAUCGCCACAUCAUGUGCGCUCGGUACAACAAGCCGGAGGCGCUACUUGACUUUGUGACGCGGCUCGGGCAGACGCCACCAAAGAAGAUUCUGUUCGUGGACGACAACUCGGACAACGUGUUCAACAUGUUCCACUUCUUCGCCUCGCGUCAGCUAGAGCAGCUGGCCGCCGGGAGUGCGGUGGAGGAGACGACGAGCGUCAUCAGCUGUUGGUUUCCCCCGCCCGAGGGCGGCAAAGCCGAAUCGCACGAUCCCCACCUCCUCGCCCUUCUUCGCCGCAUGGCCGCCCUGUGA